GGGUCCAAGGCCGCCCGGGGGGGCCGCGGCACCUGCUUUCCUUCCCGCCCCUCCCUCGCCGGCCCCGUUAAAGCGGCCGCGCCGCAGCCCCCGCUCCCGCCGCCUCCGCCGCGCUCCGGGACGAGGACGAGGAUGAUGAUGCUGCAGCUCGUGCUCCUCGCCGCCCUCGCCCUCUGCGGGCGCUGCUCCGAGCCGGCUCUCGAGGGCACCCAGCGCGUGGUCGGGGGCACCGAGGCGCGCUCGCACUCCUGGCCCUCCCAGAUCUCCCUGCAGUAUUCCUCGGGGGGCAGCUGGUACCACACCUGCGGGGGAUCCCUCAUCCAGAGGAACUGGGUGAUGACGGCAGCCCACUGCGUCACCAGCAACCUGAACUUCCGCGUGGUGGCCGGGGAGCACAACCUGAACACCAACGAGGGCACCGAGCAGGUCUUCAGCGUCAGCAGGAUCAUCAUCCACCCCUUCUAUAACAGCAACAACGUCGCCGCAGGCUACGACAUCGCCCUGCUGCGCCUGGGCAGCUCGGCCACCCUCAACAGCUACGUGCAGCUGGCGGUGCUGCCCCAGGAGGGCACCAUCCUGCCCAACAACUACCCCUGCUACAUCACGGGCUGGGGCCGCACCCGCACCAACGGGCCAGCUCUCCAGCGUCCUGCUCCAGCCUACCUGCCCGUGGUGGACUACCAGACCUGCUCCAGCUCGGCCUACUGGGGCUCCACCGUCAAGAGCACCAUGGUCUGUGCCGGCGGCGACGGCGUGCGCUCCGGCUGCCAGGGCGAUUCGGGCGGUCCCCUCCACUGCGCCGUCAAUGGCCAGUACCAGGUGCACGGGGUCACCAGCUUCGUGUCCAGCCUGGGCUGCAACACGGCCCUCAAGCCCACCGUGUUCACGCGCGUCUCCGCCUACAUCUCCUGGAUCAACAGCGUCAUCGCCCAGAACUGAGCCGAGCCCCACCAGCCCCCGGCCCGCCCCGGGGGCACCGCCCGCCCCCCCGGCGCUCCCCGCGCCCCCCGCAGCCCCGCCCGCAAUAAAAGCUCUGCCCGCC